GGGUGUGUGGGAUAAAAAUUGGAAGAGUAUUCCGAAUUAGUAAGAUACACUCAUAUAGACUAAGACCAGGUUGAAUUUGUAAGUAAACUGUUGAGUUAAAAUUUUAUUUUGGAGGACAGUAAUUAAAAAUUGCUAUGUCACAGAACAGUCAGCUGCAGGCAAUGAUCACAGUACUACCCUAGAAUUUCAGUAUUUUACCUCCAGAAAUAAGAGAUCAAUCUCAAGAAAUUUCCUAUCAGAUCUCCAAAUUCGUUGCUGUUGGAAGUUGGCAGGUCUGUGAACUUGUUUUACAAUUUGUAUUUUGGCAAGUAUCCAAAUGACAAUUCCACUUGCAUUUCAUACUAAUAUUAUUAAAAUACAUAUCAAAAAGCUCGUUGCCCCGACAGUCAUGAAUAAAAUUAAAAAUUAAUGUUAUAUUAUAUUAUAAAAUUAUGCAAAAUUUACUCGCCUGGAAUGCUCGAGAAAGCCUUGACACCGUAAGUUCACUGGACGAAAUUCGCAAUCUUAGGCUUUUCCCUUCCCGAUUAACAUCGAAAAUCUUUAUGCUUGCCAUUUGAAGUUGAAAGAAUAACAAAGAAACGAUAUAAAAUAUAAAAUACAAGUAUACUACAGCAAAUACGAUUCUUUUUAGUGACUUUUCCCGAUUCCCGCCGGCGCGCAAGAAGUGCCAAGAACUGGCGCCCAGCAGGGGCCUAGUGGGGGGUGUUUCUACCGGAAGUGCAAUCAAUUUUCGAUUUUUUCCCCGAAAACAAAAAUUGAAAAUUGAUUGCAUUUUUAAUUUUGUACAAACACCGUAUAUAGAAUAAAUUGAAAAAUGGUGAAAAUCUAUAACCAUAGUAAAGAGGAAAUUUCGAAAAUGUGAUUUUUUCUUUCAAAUUUCGUCUUAUAGAAACAUGAAAAUAAAGGUCCGAAAUUUAUUUUUAUAUAUUUUUACGAAUUGAAAAAUUAAAAAUUGAAAAUUGAAUGCAAUUUUCAAUUUAUGAAAAAAUCGAAUGGACGAAUGACCCACGCAUUCUUCACAACUCAGACAGAGCUUCACAAUCACCUAAAAAAGGGCAAUAUAGCAAAAUUGUGGUAGCAGUUUAAUAUUGGAUUAAUUGACAUAUUGACAUGAUUCUGAUUUAAAGUUAAACAAUUUUGCCAUCAAAUAUAAUACUUCCCUUAAUUAACCUGCUUUGGAUGUCCUAAUCUGCUAUCUAUUACCCAGUAUCAGAAACAAUUUUGGUUCCCCCAACUCCCAUGAUGGUGGUUGGGAGAUUAAUUCCCUCAGUUUGGGAAGUGUGUAUCUGUCUGAAAUGACCCAUUUUAAUACAUUUUUGAAAUGUCAACUCCCCCUCCCUCCCAGGGCCCUCAAUGUUUGUCUGGUACUUCUUCUUGGGGACUCAUUCAACUCAGACAGAAUGUCGGAUCCACUUCAUAAUUGUCACUUGGAACACAAAAUACAGAACUGAGCUAGUCGAAUCCCCAAAUCGAGUCCAAAUUAAAUGACCAAUUCCCUUGGGGAAUUUUUAUAGCAUAUAAAAUAAACAAACCUCUUUGUAGCCAUAAGCUAAAAGAUCAGAGUCGUCUGUAAUAUCAAAAUCUGCAACAUUUGUCUCAAGCAAAAAGGCCAUUUGUGCAUCUGAUUCAUAGGGUGAGACAACAUAUGACACCUUUUCUUUUAAACAAAUCUAAACAGAUUUGAUAAAUAGAUCUUUUGAGCCCUACUGACUUGGCUAGUGAAUUUAUUCCACAUGUUGUAUAUUAAAAUUUAUUUCUAUACUAAAAUUAUAGUUAAAGUAGGCUGAUAAUAUAAGGAACUCACGUUUACACAAGUUGAAAUAUCAUUGAAAGAGAUUGAAACAGCUUGGCUUCGAAGUUUGUUGGCCUCUUGGGGAGUAAUUCCUUCUCUUUCUGAUUUCAGCAAACAUUCUUCUCGGCCUCUGUAAGGGAAAUAUUUAUCUGUCAGUUCAGUUAUAAAAUGUGAAUAUAAUAAUAAUAUAUCAAAGUAAAAUCUUGAUUGCAAACGUUGCUAUAAAACUAUGUAUAAAGUUGCUUCAAUCACCUCUGCCUUUUCUCGACUUCACUCACUUUUGUAGGCAAUGGAAGUCCAUCAAAUACAAUAUAAGGAGUCACUCCUGCUCUUCUAACCACUGACAAAUGCUUCUCGAAAAUAUCAGCCAACCUGAAAUAUAGAAACACCGUGACUAUGAUAUGAUCGACUGUUUUUUAAACUCAAAAUUGUCACUGCAAGUUCUCACCUUGAACGAUUUCCAGUUUGAGAUAUGGAUAAAACCAAGGCAUUGUGAAUCCAACAAGAAGCAUCAAUUUGCCGCUAUUUUGCCCAAAAAGUCAGUUAAGUUUAUUCUUUUAUGGUAAUGUUUUAAGAAAGGGAAUAAACAAUGUAUCCCCAUUUGCAAUGCUAAUCACAAGCAGCUUGGUUGACGUUUGCUCAAGCGCGACCAGAUUGCAAAUGAAGCAAUUUUGAUUUUUAACCAUCGUGCUUAGCGGUCGUUAUGCGCACACCGCCUGGACGAGAGUGAAGACGAGAAGUGAGUUUCAAAUUGUAAACAAUACUACCUGUCACCACUGCUCAACACUAACAUAAUUAUUUCGCUUGUCUAUGGACUAGAUUACUGUAUACUUACUGUAGAAACACCACAGUGUUUACUAAAUUGAUACGGGAUAUUAUUUCAUGCAAAAUAUUUCUCUUACAAGACAAAAUCAACAAUAUAACUGAAUAUCGAUAUCAUAUAAAUGACAUACUCAAUAUGUGCUAUAAAAAUUGUGAAUGCUUCGCGGGGAAAAGCGCCAAUUUAGUUGGAUUGUAACGAACCUCUCUUUUUUACUGUUGUAAGCAAGUUAUUACUCAAAAUAAACCAAAAUUUUAGUAGUUUUAUUGUACAAUUUUAUGAUUCAAGAAUUACUAAGAGAAAUUUUUUAUAUUAUUCUCAGCUACAAUAGUGAGGUAUCUGAUGGCUUUUCCCAUGAAGCAUCCUCAGAUUCGGAUUACAUUCCUAAUGACAUGGACUGUACUCCCAACUGUAAACAGGUGCACAGUGAUAUAGCGAGCAAUGACUAAGAGUCUACAAGUACUAGCCAAGCAGGUGGACAAGGUGACAGGGGUAGAGGAAGGCGUAGUGGUAGAGGAAGGGGUCUUGGAAGGGGUCGUGGAAGGGGUUGUAGAAGU